CUCUCUCCUCCUAUCUUUUCUCUCUCAAUACUCUCGCUCAAAUAAUUCAUUUUCUUUCUUGCUUCCUCCUGAGUACGGUUUAAUCGCCCAUCUUUUUUCCUUCAUUCAACCUGUGUCUGCUUCCCAGAAUAUAAUGCUCCAACAAGAACUGUGAGUUUCCACAGAGUAAGGCCCAAAAAUAAAAAAGAAAAUGGAGGGUGACACAUUGAGGCUUGGCAAUGGUGGUGGUCAGAUAGAUGGGAAGGUGGUGCAGACAUUUCAGAAGAGCUUUGUUCAGGUUCAGAAUAUAUUGGACCAAAAUAGGCUGCUAAUCAAUGAGAUAAACCAGAACCAUGAGUCCAAGAUCCCUGACAACUUGGGAAGGAAUGUUGGUCUGAUUAAGGAGCUCAACAACAACAUAAGGAGAGUGGUUGACCUUUACGCAGAUCUUUCAACUUCCUUCACCAAAUCCACGGAUAUUGCCUCCUCUGAGGGUGGUGACUCCAGUGGUGGUGGUGGUGCUAUGAAAUAUUCAGAUGGCAGCAAAGGUGGCCAUAAAAGAAACAGGCCAGCUUAAAAGAACAGAUUUGGAUUUUAUGUUUUCAUUAGUGAUUCUUUCGCAUGCAAUUGGUACUUGGUACUCAGAUCAGAUUCUGUAACUCUCCCCCGUUGUAUCGGUGUUGGAAAAAGCUUACUGCUCACAUUUGUUAUGGAAAUUAAAUAAUCUGGAUGGAACUUCUUCUAUUGCAUUGUAAUCCCCCAGCUUGUAAGUUGUAAUCAUGUAAUGUAAUAACCCUUGAUCUAAUUGAAAUGAAGCAAGUGGUGGCCUUACUUUCUAAA